GUGCGCAUGCACGAGUUCCUCAAUGGUCGGGCAAAAACACAGCUGGUCUAUGAUCUCCGAAGCAAGCUGACGGUCGAACGCUAUCAAUGUGAUUUUCGUGAAAUUCUUACCGAUCUACCGGUCAGAUCGCGAGGUCAAGGCAAGCUUGCGCGGCAAUUCGGUUUAGUGCUCGAUUGGUGUUAAUGAGUGUGUUUAGAUGUAUGCAAAACUCGGUAAUCGCGGUGUCACCACGAGGAUUUUUCACUGCCCUGGAUACAAAGGAGUUUCGUGAGGUGCUUCGAGCGUCCUUUCGGCAGCGGAAGCACGGAGCGAAAGAUGUCGCCGUUGAGGCCGUAAUUGAACGAUCUUCAUAGGGAGGAAGCGGAAGACGCAAAAGGCGUAGGCGGACAAGGAAGAAAAUGGCGUCCACCAGCGGGCACAAGAGGAACGGAUCGAGCUCGAGCAUGUUCGCCCACAAACGCACGGAGUCCGGCGGUGGUUUCAUCGGCCACAAACGCUCGGAGAGCGGUCACAAACGCGCCGAGAGCAUAUCCAGUGCCUUUGGCCACAAACGAUCCGAGAGUGGCCACAAGAGGAAUGAGAGCGGCGGUGGUUUCGGGCACAAAAGGUCCGAGUCUGGCAGCAAUUACCAUGCCGGGCAUCGAAGGAACGAAAGCAUGUACGCUAUGACGGGGCUCUACGCUGAGAGCGCGGGCACAGGCACGGAUGAAACCACAGACCCGUUGCAAGCUACCGGUAGCAGACUGACUCAUGACACUGUCAUAAGGUGUCACAGUAGAAAUCCCAGUUCUGGCCUCGUGGACCAUAGAGAUUUUAUCAUCAAAUGUCACAGCAGGAAUCCCAGUGCUUCCAUGGUGGACAGAACGGAGAAAGAAAGAGCGCAAACGCCGCCGUUUAAUCCUGACUCGAAGGACUGCGGAAUCCUGAGCUGCAGGCCAGCCUUUAUACAGAGAUUCGCCGGAAUAAAGGUGUUCGUGUUCCUCCUCUCGUUUCUCGUCACGUUGCAGCAAGCACUUAGUUCAGGUUACAUUAAUUCUGUGAUCACGACCAUAGAGAAAAGGUUCGAAAUCCCGUCCAGCCUUUCGGGCGUCAUCGCGAGCUCCUACGAGAUCGGGAACGUCAUCACCGUCAUCUUCGUCAGCUAUCUCGGCAGUCGUCGGCACAUACCUGUCUGGAUAGCGAUUGGCGCUGUAAUAAUGGGACUGGGAUCGAUGAUCUUUAUGGUGCCACAUUUCACGGCCGAGCCUAAUUUAAUGACGGCUGCGAACAACUCUAGUUCCGACAACAUUUGUCGAGGGGUAUCGUUGCGAGAACAAGAUAUGGGAUUAGGUCGUUUGUCGUCCGGAUUAUCAUCGCCACCUUUGGCACCACACAACAAUUUGAGAGGCGACAACUGCAUUCAAGGAUCUCCGUCUACCGCCGGCCCUGUUAUGUUAUUUGUACUUGCUCAGUUAUUAUUAGGCUGUGGUGGUUCCCCUCUCUUUACUCUUGGUACUACUUACAUAGAUGAUCACGUGCGGCCAGAGAGUGCUUCUUUGUAUAUUGGUUGUAUGUAUAGUAUGGCAGCGUUUGGGCCGGUGUUAGGUUUCCUACUCGGGGCUUAUUUACUAUCGUUUCACAUGGACUCCUUUUCCGCGGCGAUCAUCAGUAUAGGUCCUGGCGAUCACAGAUGGGUCGGCAUGUGGUGGGGUGGAUUCUUACUUUGCGGUUUGCUCUUAAUUUUAGUCGCGAUUCCGUUCUUCAGUUUCCCGAAAGUGCUGCAACGCGAGAAGGAAAAGAUACGAAUCAUCGAGAAGAACAAAUCGUCGUCGCAGAAAGAGAAGGAGCAAUCCAAAGAACCGAAGAAAGAGAAACUGGACGAUAGCGGUUACGGCAAGGACGUGAAAGAUAUUCCCAGGAGCAUGUGGAGGCUCGUGUGCAAUCCGGUGUACGUGGUCACCUGUUUGGGGGCGUGCAUGGAGCUGGUGAUCGUCUCCGGUUUCGUCGUUUUUCUUCCCAAGUAUCUCGAGACGCAGUUCAGCCUAGGAAAGAGCCAAGCCAGCGUGUUCACUGGGUCUAUAGCGAUACCGGGCGCUUGCAUCGGGAUCUUCUUCGGCGGAUGUUUGCUCAAACGUUUAGAAUUAAGACCAAAGGGCGCGGUGCAAUUCGUUCUCGUCUCGAACAUCAUAUGCCUGGUGUGUUACGGCCUUCUCUUUUUCCUCGGUUGCGACAACGUGAAGAUGGCUGGGACCACUAUUCCGUACUUUAACAGCAGCACGAAGGGCCCGGAGCCUUUUCAAGUAAACCUCACUGCCGCAUGCAACUUCGGUUGCGAAUGUCGAAUGACGGACGUCGAGCCAGUCUGCGGAAACAACGGUCUGACGUACUUUAGCCCUUGCCAUGCAGGUUGCACUGCCUUUAGUUCGAAAUCAAAUUUCACCAAUUGUGCAUGUAUACAUGGAAACCUAACGAUGUUGCCACCGGCAGCUCCAGAAUUUGCGGAAGUGACAGUGGUACCGGUGGCUACUGCCGGUCCUUGCACUUCGCCAUGCAGAACUAUAUUCCCCUUCUUAAUUUUACUUUUCUUCAUGACGUUUAUCGUUGCUAUCACUCAAAUGCCGCUGCUGAUGAUAGUGUUGCGGUCAGUCUCCGAGGAGGAACGAUCGUUCGCUUUGGGCAUGCAGUUCGUAAUCUUUCGACUGUUCGGUUACAUACCCGCUCCAAUUUUAUUUGGCAACUUGAUCGACUCUACGUGCUUACUGUGGAAGAGUACAUGCGGAGAAAAAGGUGGUCGGUGCCUGCUCUACGACAUCGAACAGUUUAGAUACAGAUACGUCGGACUCUGCGCCGGCAUAAAGAUUUUAGCCCUGGCACUGUUCCUGAUCGACUGGUGGCUAGUUAGGAGGAGAAAGCAGAUGGAAGACCAAGCCCCAUCUUUCACUGUUAACGAAUUCGUGGGAUCGAUUAUCAGCCUCGAUAAAUUGUUCGAAGAGAGGCCACAUCAUCACCACACAGCCGACGGUGACGGUAUCUCUCCGAGUUCGGAAUUACCAACGCCAUCUUCCGUUUCGUCGCCCACGGAGCCUACGAAAUCGACGAAUCUGGAAGAAACUGGGUCGUCGAAUCAAACCCAAGAUUCGACGGAGACAGCAAACCGAUCAAAAAGCACGAUGGACGUCGAUGUUCCCGACACAAGGCAAGCGCCUCUUGCCAUAGAAGAGCCGGACGUGGAGGUCAAACCUUUGACUGGUAAAGUGGAGAACCAUGCUCGGAACGUUUAAUGUUUAUCUCGUAUUAGAGGCUAUACAAAUGAAUAUAUCAAAGUGGCGAUACGAAAGUCUGUGGCAAAUUAUUUUGAUGUCGUGGGUGACCUAACAAUAUAUGCAAGGUACGUGCAUUAUUGAUUUGUGCAAUCCUAAAGGGGCAGUGUUACUGCGACUCUGAAUAAAAUGGGAGGGGAAUCCGUGGUGUUUAUGGUGCUAAUAUACUUUUUUAAAGAGAUUUAACGACGAUUAAUCAACAUAUCGUUCCGUAUAUCGUCAGACACGAGUUUUAAAUUACGUUGAAAAUAUAAGUGAAUCAUACAUAUAUUCUUGCACGCAGGCGAAUCCAAAAUAUUUUUACAAUGGUUAUAUUUGCGUGGAAAAUAUCAUUUAUCAUCCGGAAUGAUUUGCCACAGAUUUCCCUUUAUGGUUUGGCUAUUUUUAGGAACUAAUAUCACUAGGGUGUACAUUUUUACGGUGAUGCGAUAUAUAUGUCAAUAAAUAGGAAUAUAAUAGGUGAAUUGUUUCGGACGCGCAGGUUGUAAUGCAACGUAACUCGCGUCGACGAGUCUUAACACUCGCGUUGUCUGAAACGAGUUUUCAUGAAACGAGCCUUGAACGGUUUUUGAACAAACAAAAAAGAAGGCCAACAAGGACAAAACUUGUAAAUAUAAAAAUUCCUGCCUUAAGAAAUACAAGACUAGACAAACGUAUAUUUA